AUGGACAAUGGAAACUAUUUGGAGAGGGCUAAUUUAGAUCUCUUCAAUCAACCAGUUGAGGAGGUAGAGCAAUUUGUAGUGCAAGAUGUUGUUCCGACAAAUUCAAUGCCUUCAUACAAUAGAAAUAAAUUAAGGGAUGAAAUGAUGGAAAACAAUCAAGAGGAAUCUGCUGAACCACCUGUAGAGGAAACCAAAAAAAAGAGAAAGAAAAGGAAACCCAAAAAAACUGAUGACGAAUGGAACGAAGAAGGAAACAAACAUGAAUCAAAUUUACCCACACUCCACGAAAAAGAACAAGAAGAAAACACUACAGAUGUUUUACAACCAAAAAAGGAGGUAAUUAGGACUCUGGAGAAGGAUCUGUUUGCUGACAUGGCAAGAACUCAUUACCUCUCUAUUUCACCAAAUGAUAUCAUUGUUGGAAAGGAAAAUGAGGAAGCAGAAGAAGUGACAGAUGAACCAAUUGAAUCAAAGAAUUUAAAAGUUGGAGGACCUCUCUCUCUUAGACAGAAAACUAUUUUCAUUGAAAGUAUGUAG